UGUUUUAGACGAUAACUGGUGUUUCUUAAUUUGUAUACAUACAUACAUACACCCGACAGAACAUACAGUAAAAUCGCAAUGUAAUGUAACCAGCAUAUCAAUUAUGCUAGACCGCCUCAUAACAUGAACAAGUUAAACUUUCGGUUAUAGAAACGAAUGUCGGUUAGCUGUUGUGCCAUAGCUGUGCAAAUAAUUAAACAGAAAGCAAAAUUAAUUCAUACACAAAAAUAAGUGAAAAUGACGAACAAUUAACGGUCAGUUAGGGAUGGCAUUUUAAAAAACGAUUUGGAAUUCACUUUUUAAAAAUUUUAGUGGAAAAAUUGCUUUUUACCAAAACUGUCUUUUAAUGUGUAUGUUUAAUUCUUCCUAUUUAUAUGUAUGUUGUCUGAAUUUUGCGCAUGUCUCGGGUUCAACUAUUGAUUGCAAAGAAAGGUAAUAUAUCAUUAUUCUUUUCCCGUAAAAGUUAUUAUACUACGAAAUAAGAAAUUUGAAAAAGUACAUCACAACUGCAUAUUUUUUUAACAAAACCUGCUCUUUGAAUAAGCAUGGAUGGUAAAAGUGAAACUACAAAUGCUGAUGACGAUAAUCAGCCCCUUCAAUGCAAUAUUUGUGGAAAAACAUAUUGUAGAAUAACGUAUUUUAAUUUACAUCUUCAAAAACAUUGUGCUGAAAAAGGACAUUUUGAGUGUGUAGUAUGUGAACGAACUUUUGGAGACGAAGAACAAUUUAAUAGACAUAUUGACGACCUCCAUAAGGAAAGCCUCCCCUUUAAGUGUCAAAUAUGUGAAAAUCGCUUUAAUACAAAAAUUUUAUUGCAAAAACACUUUAAAAUGCAUUUGGAAUUUCCAUGCCAAUUUUGUGAAAAUCAUUAUUACACAUCAGCGGAUUUAAAAAUUCACAUGAGCAGCCAUACUAAUGAAAACCCUUCAAAAAAUUGUAAUUCUGGUUCUAAACAAGAGCUUUUCGUUUGUAAAAUGUGCAAUAAGAAUUUCACAAAAGUGGAAUACUUAACUUUACACAACAAGAGAAUACAUCUCAAAGUAAAACGUUACGAAUGUGAUACAUGUAAAAAACGAUUUUUCGAAAAAAGAGAAUUUGAAGAACACGUCGAUAGGCAUCUUAAUUAUAAAAGAUUUCAAUGCAGUUUAUGUGGAAAAUUGUUUAGUAGUUAUCAGACAUUUCGAGUUCACAGUAAAACCCAUGCUACCAAUGAUACAAACAAACAAAACCAGUGCAAAAAAUGUAAGAAAAAUUUUAUUACACCUUAUAGAUUGAAAGUUCAUACAUUGUCUCAUGUCACACAAAAAUGUUACUCUUGCAAAUUGUGUGUAAAGAAGUUUGCUAGCGAAAAUUACGCGCGAAAACACUUAAAAUUGCACAAAAAAGUUAAAUCAUUUAAGUGCGAAACGUGUAACAAAAGUUUCUCAUAUAAAUCGAGUAUAUUACAACAUAUUUUUAAGCACUUCGGAAUAAAACUAUUUAAGUGUAAUAUUUGUAACAAAAAAUUUACUACCAAAAAAUUUUGCAAAAUGCACAACUUGGCGCAUUUCGGUAAAAAGCCAUUUAGAUGUACUUUUUGUCCGAAAUCAUUCUUGAGUAAAACUGGUUUAAAUUACCAUAGUUCAGUACAUACUAACGGUGAAAAAAUUAAAUGCAUAUUAUGCGAAAAAGAAUUUAAAAGUAAAUAUCAUUUGCGGCGUCAUCUACGUAGUCACACAGAUGAGAAAUUGUAUAUAUGCGCAAUUUGUGAGAAAACAUUUAUGCAGAUAAAAAACCUGAAAAGACACAUAAAAAUUCAUACUGAAGAGAAACCUUUUAUAUGUGAAGUAUGUAAGAAAGCGUUUUCAGACAUAAGCCAUUUAAAAGACCAUUUUCGUAUGCACGACCAUUCAAAUAAUUUUUACCAAUGUCAAUUUUGUGAAAAGAAAUUCUUAAGUCGUCAAGCCUUAAAGUGCCACAAAAUGGAUCACACCGGCAUUAAAAUUCACAACUGCGUCCAGUGCGAAAAAAGUUUUAAAACAAUUUCGGCACUAAAAGACCACGAAAGGGUUCAUACGGGCGACAAACCUUUUCAGUGUGAAAUUUGUCAGAAGCAGUUUGCCUGGAGGAAUAUUUUACGGUCACAUAUUAAAACACACACUGGCGAAAAACCAUAUAAAUGCGACAUGUGUGAAAAAUCAUUUUCUAGAAAAACAUAUUUAAAAACUCAUAUUCAGAGGUGCCAUCAAAUAAUUAGAGAAAAGCCAUUUAAAUGUAACAUGUGUACAAAAAGUUAUACCAAGAAAAAAUAUGUUGAAGCACAUUUCAAAAAACAUCAUACUAAUCUGGAAAACUUAAUUUAA